GGAAAUACUUUUGAGCAGAUCGAUAUAGCAAAGACAAUAGAACUGGCCGUGAAGUGAACAGCUGAAGGUGAAGAUUUUCAAUCGAAGCUGUUGAAAAAGGGAUUAGAGCAAUCGGAACCCGAAAAGUGGCUUGAAUUGGAAGGAAGCUAAUUGCGAGUUCUGAUGGUAAAAAGACCCGAAACGAUUUGGACGAAGUUUCAUAGUUCUGUCGGUUUUUGGGUUGCUGAGAUAGCUGAGGUACACAAAUUUUCCUGCUCAUAUCUCGAUCAAGCUAGCUCUAUUUUCGUGGCCAAACAGCACCAGGCCCAUCACAUCCUGAGGAGCAAGCGCACAGAGGAACCAGCGCCCAGCCCCACGAGCAAGAAAUGGAAUUCGGGUAUGAUGAUGAUCGUCCAUCAUUGACUGUCGGGGGUCAUGAACACAAGUUCUUCAAGGAAGUGAUGGAGUUAGUCAAAGAACAGAAUGAUGCAACAGAUGCCGAAAACACCCGCCACAGAGAGAGAAUUAUUGAGAUCAAUAACCACUAUCGGGAUAAGCUAUCGUCUCUUCAAGCUCAGCAAGCGAACCGUAGAUCAGCCUCUAGCAGUGCUCCGGCUUUUGGAUUGUCAAGGACCUCAUCUUUUCUAGGGUCUAGUGGCACCUCUUCUGCCUCUACCGCCUCAUCGGGUCCCACCUUAUCAUUCACAGGAGCACCUGCAAACACCUCAUCUGGUACAACCUUCUCGUUCACAUCAUCUGCUGCUAGCCCUGCACCUCCACCUGCGUUUGGGAACUCCAACUCCCCCUUUAUAUUCGGGUCACCCUCACCGGCCAAUAACUAUAAUGCCGACCAAAUGAGUAUGGAGGACUCUAUGGCCGAGGACACGGUCCAGGCUAAUCAUGGCAGUACCCCUCCAACCCCAUCGUUUGGUCAGCAACAGCCCAUCUCAGUGCCAGCAGGCUUCGUAUUUGGUUCAAAUGCUGGGGCUGGUGCUGGUGCUGGUGCUGGUGCGAAUCCGUUCCAGUUUGGAGCUCAACAGAAUCUCUCCAUGCCGCAGAGUCCAUCUCCAUUCCAGGCUACAGGAAGCCAGGACUUCAAUGCCGGUGGGGGGAGCUUCUCACUGGACACGGGGGGCGACAAAUCUGGGCGUAGGAUCAUCAAAGUCAAGCAUAAGCAACGGAGAAAAUGAGAUGAAAUUUGCCGGUGUUGUGUGAUACUGAGAGAUUCCUUUGGCACAUGCGGAGAGGGGUAUAGAGCCACCUGGUUCAGGGCUCUUGUGGGAAUGGAUCUAGUAAUUUGAUCUCCCGCCUCCGCUGCCCCUCUUGAUUCUUUUUCUCUUUGUUCUUUCUUGUUCCGUUUUACAUAUCAUAUGCACUUGUCUUGCAAGGCUGUAAGGGUGUCACAAUUUUGUACCUGACUUUAUAAAAGUGUAGGUUGCGUUUAGUUUCAUAGUAUGAUUUUAAAAUUAGAUUUUGAUUUUGAUUUUGAGUGGAAUAAAUGGGACCCACCCUUUGACUUUGUAUGAGUUAUGUUGUUUUGUUGUGGAAAAAAGUGGUAUAAAUGGGGCCUACUCUUUGACUUUAUAUAAGUUAUUUUGUUUUGUAAUGGGUAGAGUUAAGUUAGAAUUGUGAUUUUAAAAUUUCAUCCACAAUCCAAACAGGCCCGUAAUGAGUUUGGCUGUGGACUCUCUGUACCUACCCUACUAGUAGUUGUAGUAGUAGUGGUGGUGGUGGUCGUAGUUAUUAGCUAGUUGGUGGCUAGUGCUACUCCAUACUAGUAGUUGUGAGGUUUGCAAAAUGUGUCACAUUUCUUCCAGUUAUCCUCCUUCCUUCCCCUUCUAUAUUUGUAACAUAAGAAAAUAAAAG